AUGCAUAUCAACCACCUUGCCGCUCUUCUGUUAGCCACACCAGUGUUAUGUAUCGUCCAUGAAAUAAUAGUUGGUACAUUCGGCACGCCGGCUUUGUACACUCUGGGCUUCGACGAUGAAACGGAGCGGUUAACUCUGCUGAGAAACACGACCACUGAUGUUGCAAGCUCAUGGAUCGCAUUGAGCCACGACAAGAAGGCCCUGUACGGAACUCAAUUCGGGUCCUCUCCUGGUGGAUCACCCUCCUUUGUUAGCUAUAGCAUAGUCGAUGGUACCACCCUCGUACCGAACAACAAGACCCUUUCGUUGGGUGGGGAGUGUGCCAACAGUACCGCGAACGCAAUCUUUGUUGUCGCAGACGAGAGACCACCUUAUGCUGUAUAUGGAGUGCCAUUCGGCAGCAAUGCAAACUGUGGAGCUGUCAUGUCUGUCGAUGACACUGGCGCUUUGGACGAAGUGAUCCAGAACUACACUUACGGAUCCGAAUCUGCUGUUCAUGGCAUGGCCAUCGGCUCCGAUGGCUCGUACUUGUUCUCGGCUGAUGAUUCCGGAAAUCAACUCUGGACGCACAAAAUCAAUCGACCUUCGGGUAAUCUUACCCUCAUGGCCAGCGUCUACGGACCAGAAUCAGGAUCGAAUCCCCGCCAUGUUGCAACGCAUCCGGCUGGAGAAUAUCUGUACGCUGUGCUAGAGGAGUCGAAUGAAAUCGGACAGUACUGGAUCGAGGUUACGGGGCAGCUGAGAUGGCAGAAUGUUAGCUUCGGUCUGAUUCCAUCAACGGUCAAUGGUUCCCAAUACUGGUCCGAUGAAGUCGCUCUAUCAAAGAGCUCGAACUUCCUAUGGGCGACAUCCCGUUCCCGUUCAACUUCGUCGACUGGCUACAUCUCCGCAUUCAAUCUCACAGCAAACGGCACAAUUGACCAGCAACUCUUUCUGUUGCCGACGACUUCAAGUGGAGGAUCGGCGAAUGCAGUAGCUCCGAGCGGUUUCAAUGACGAAUAUGUGGCAUUGACUGACUCGUCCGUGGGCUUCGUCGAGAUCUGGAAGCUGGCUGCGAAUGCAUCGGCAGCGACGGUGGUGUCGCAUCUCGAUCUGAAUGACGGAGGGUGCUGUGCGAACGCUGUUUGGUACUCCUGA